AUGCGCGAAGAGCGGAAAGAGCUUUCUGUUCGAUGUAAUAACCACCCGAACAGUACUGUGAUCAAACCGAACACUGAUAUUAGAGAAAAAUGUCUCCACUCACCUUUUUUUGGCUUCUUUGACGCCAUCAGCAAUGAGGUGGCCAACUACAAUAGAUCGCUCAGCCGUGUGCCUGGUUCUUCCGCUGUUGAAACCAAGCACGGCAAGAAGGACACCACGGACUGGUUCACGAAUGCCAGGAUCAUUCCGCCCGUGGAUGUCUUGGAACGGGAAAAAGAUUAUGAGGUGCACUUGAGCGUUCCAGGCAUCGUGGAUCAGGACAAAAUCAACAUCGAGUUCCACAGCGACCGCGGAGAGCUAGUUAUUUCUGGCGAGGUACCGACGAGCGAGGCAGAGGAGAACAAAAACAGGUGGCGCGUGCGGGAACGUGCCACUGGCAGCUUCAGACGCGUGAUCGGCUUGCCGGACAAGCCUGGCGUGGAUUCAGAGCGCAUCACAGCAGACUACAGACAUGGUAUUCUCACUCUGCGCGUACCCAAAUUAGAGCCUCGCGAGAGCCUGACAGUGUGCAGAAUCCAGAUUGGGCGCGGCAGCUCUAAGUGA